GAUUCACAGCGACCUUAUUUUAAAACCAGUAGGCUACGUUUCGCUGAGUCGCUUCGCGCAGCGUUGAACUGCGUGCGCCAACUUCAUUCCGUUUUGGAAUAUCAAGGAAUGGACUUUUUGUUCGCAUGAGCAGAAUAUUUGCCUGUUAGAGGAUUCAAACAAAGGUGGUUAGGCCGAUAUCGAGGUCAGGUCUAAAUGCGAAAAUUGACAGGAUGAAGUCCUUCGUGCUGGUUUUAAUGGUAACGGUUUUUUCAUGCCAGAGAGCAUGUGGACAGGCUGCAACAGCCGCACCAAAGAAGUCAUUUCUCCCACCGCCUCCACCACCUCCGCCAAAUAACCCGCCCAGCUUCCGGGAUAGUAAGGACGGCGAUACGACCAUUGCUCCAACUGUAGACCUGGGCGAUCCAAUCCAAGAGCUCAUUGACGAAGGGGGAGUUGAACUGAUAAUCGAUAUUGAAUUUUCGUCGUUUGGAGCGGAUAGCGAGGCAAUGUUUAAAACAACAAUGAGCGAAGCCAGCAACAGAUACUGCAAAACCAAAGGUAAUUGCGACGGAAGCUACAAGGACACAAGGCCAAGCGACGUCAUGGUCUACGGCAAAAAGGCAGCUACUAAGCCGAGGAGAACACUUGUGUCUUUCUACAUUAAAAGUCCGUAUUCCACGACCCAACUGACAAUGACUAGCGCCCAGCUGCAAAACAUGUUUACUGCCGAGAGGAAGGCCAUUGAAAGUUCCCUCGGAUACAGGCUUGAUUUGGGCGAUCUCGAGUUCGAACCAUUCUCGAAUGGCCUUCUCCUGGAUUCCUGGAUAAUUGCAUUGAUAUGUGUAGUUGGUUUGUUCAUAAUAGUCUUCACGUUUGUUGGCUGUGUACACUACCGGAACAAGAAAACAGACACAAAGAUGACCUUUGAAGAUUUGGAGAUGAAUAAUAUGGAGAAUACGGAGGAGAAGAACAAAGUUUUGCCGCCUGGACCAGCUGUUCCCGCCAGUUCCUUGAAGAAGCCCAAAGUGGACGUCAGCACCAACGUCUACCAGGCCGAUAUCCUGUCCGAGACCAAGACUGUCUUCGUGAAUCCCUCCAUGGUAAAAAAGCUCGCAGACACUGACCACGAACUUUAUGCCGUGGUCCACAAGGAGGAGAAGCAAGAAGAUAGCUCACCAAAUGAUGCGGAACCGUGUGGCUCCCUGAACGCCAUUGUUGUGACUGCUGACGUGUCUUCAUCUAACGAAGGCAGCUCCCAUUCCAGUGACUUAGCACCGCCGGACUACGAACAGGCUACCAAAGAAGAUGCCAAAGUGAUAGAGGGUCCUGGUGCCGAGGCUGCUGGCACUUCGGUUGAGGUUUCCCCGGACGCUGUGGAGGACCUGCCCCCUCCCCCUCCUCCUACAGCCGAAGCGUCCGAGUCGGCAUCCAGUGCCUCGGAGGACCUCCCGCCUCCCCCGCCACCACAGGAGGAGCCAGCGGCGUCAUCAGGAGCCUCAUCCAGGAGAGAGUCUUCUUCCUCCUCGAACCAGUCGGAGGAAGACGCCGGUCCACCGAGGAAAGAUUCCGAUGCUGCCACAACUCCUCCGAGGAAAGAUUCCAUUGCCUCCUCGACCCACUCAUCUGCCAAGGGCUCCUCCUCGGCAGGAAAAGAAGAAGCCGAGGUAGUAGGGGAGUUGGAAAACCUCAUCGCCGAUCAGUCAAAGGAGAUAGCAGAGGACCAGGGACUUGACAACCGUGGUUUUGAGACCACUGUGAACGAAGAAGGUGAACCAAUGACAGAGCUGUGAAUUUGUGCAUAGUUUAGAUUGCCCUGAUGAUGUCCUCUUCCCCCAAUAAUACAAAUUUGAAAUCCCAUUGUUUCAUCCCACUAGAGAGUUCCGAUAUUGUGGCUGAAUGACGUCACCGUUGUUUAACAUGAGAAUAACAGAGUCUUUGUCCCUCAGUGUAAGCCACAAGCGAUAAAUACAUGACAUUGAUGUGACAUAGACAUUCCUGUGUGUUCAACCACUCACUGUUCGUAAUCGAAGUACUUGGGACAGUAUUCGACUGCCGCACUAGAUGAUGACUCAUUUAUUUGGAAAGUAUAGUUUUAGUUGAUUUCUUUACUUGAGGGCCGGCCCACAUGUGUAGUAAUGAAUUUCAGGUGUUUCAUUUCUAAGGUCCCAAUCCAUUGACCCUUGGUACAUGUAGAGCCAUACAUGAGGAGCACGUCUUCUCUUUCUGUCGCACCUCAAGUACUGGAUUUUCGUUUUAUACAAAGUUACAAGAAAGUCUUUUAACAGUGUUUUUUAGAAACCAUUAAACAAUAGUCACUAAAUAUUAUAGUAACCCUAUGAAAAAUGGUCUUGAGAUGAAGAACCUUAAUUUGACGCCUUGAUGGAUUCCUUAAAUAUACGAGGUAACCGUUAUUUUAGGCGGCUAAACCAUGAAAACAUGAAACCAUGAAACAGGCCCUAGAUUCAGCAGACCAAAUUACGCUUUAAUUACACUCUUAAAUUCUCGAAUCCAAUUGUGGCUUUCGGUGGUUUAUAAAACAGUAGGGUGGGGCCACCGUAGAAUUAUACUCCUGAGAAGUUUGGACAAAAAAAGUAAACUUGAAUCAAGUCAGACUUAAAUGUUGCUCAAUGAUAAAUGUCAGCCAUCCCUUCACAUACACAGUACACGGUCGUUGCUCGCAUAACUUUUUUUAAGGCGCCCUCAUUUGAUAGCUUUUCAGCGAUAUCCUGCGUCAACGUAUGUCAUUCGUCACCAGUCAGAAGGUCAGACUUGACAGAUGAGCCAACCGUUCUCCAUCGGUGAUAUGUAGUUAUUCAUAAUUGCAUAUGAACGACAUGAUCUUGCAUGUAUACGGAAUUUCCACCAAUUAAAAUAGUCAGACUUGGAAUUUCCGCCAAUCAAAGUAGUGAGAUUUGUCGACUCGUUCAUAAUAAAGAAUAUCUGAUGUAAAAAGAAGUCCAGCAAUUUGAUUGGCUGCUAGUACUUUUGGUAGAUGAGCCCAAUUGUUGUGUACACCGUACACGGUUGGCAGAUUCGUCAAGUUGGAAUUUCUGGACUCAUAGUAAUAAGUUGACACAAGAAACAGGUAACGCCGCCCGGCCCCGAUAUGUAUCGAGGUCGUUGUCGUAAUCGGUUAACCCAUGAAAAGUUAAACGUAACAAUUAGACGAGAACAUAAGUUUUAAUUUGAUUUGUGUCUCAAGCGCCCCCCACCCAAUUUUUUGUCCAUGGCAAUUUAGUUUACUGCCAUGGUCCACAAAUUCUUAUCGCAGAAGCCAGCCAGAUGCGCAAGACAUUUCCGCCCUCGGCGAUUCCUCCUUCAAAGCCCACCCCUUGGCAAGCUGCCAAGGUGUGCGCAUCUUCCGUAUGGCCGGCUCAUGUGAAAUACAGUACACUAUAAAGUUGCUCUGCCGUAUGCAUUCUUUGGAGGCAUGCGGAACAAAACGUUUUAUUUAACUCAGUUAUGAAGGACUGCACUGUGUUUUCACGUAGGCUGUUCUGUAAUUUUGCAAACAGGCUUUUGAGUGCGUGUAAUACAAUCGGUGGAAAUGUUGAACCUGA